GCUCUGCGCUGAUUAGUAUAUUCUUUGACGUUUACUUUCUUUCGUUUCCCAAUUUUCCUUAAAUUUUACAGGAUUUUACAGAUUUAUUUAGGUGAGCAGUAUAGUAAUUAGAAGAAGGUUGCCUUAAGAAGAAUUCUACUUAGUACAAAGCUGUAGUAAGUGACUUGUAGCUGUAAGAAGAAAAUCCAAAAAUGGGUAAAGAAACUAAACCCGAUUCUGAAAAGUCAACAGCAGGUGAGAGUAUCGAUGAAGAGCACAAGAAAAAGAAAAAGAACAAAAAACACAAGAAACGUAAGAGGGAAACAGAAGACGAUGAUGAGAAAGGUUAUAAGAAGAGAAAGAAGUCUAAGAAAGAAAAAUAUAAGAGUCCCAAACCUGAAAGUGAGACUUCACUUUCAGAUGUUGAAGAGUUAAUCAAAAAAUCUAGGCAAUGUAAACCUGUUCUCAAAUCUAUCUCCACAAACUCGCCUCUCACAGAUUCUAUGGAAUCAGCAUAUCAGAAGACUAAGAACGGCGAUGCGUCAAAUGGCAAACCCCGAAGUAGUAUUAAGAAUAAUUAUGUAAGGAAAAAAUCUGACUAUAAGGAUGAGGCUUUAGAGAUUAUCUCGUCUAAUUCAGAAACAGAAAAUUAUCAGGAAGACUGUGCUAGUCCUGAAUUGAAUAUGAUAGAAGAUGAUUUAAAUCUUGAAGAGCUUAUGAAGCAGAAAGAGUUACUUCAGGCGAGAUUGGUUGCAUAUUUUUCUGACAAGAGUGACGAUGAAAGUGAUCAAGGUGAAAAUAGUAAGAGUGAAGUGAUUUGCAUCAAUGACGAUAAAUCCCCGAUUUAUAAGAAAACAAGGAAAGAUAGAGAACAUGAACAUAAGCGCAGCAGUAAACACAAAUUGAGCACAGAAACAUCGGUAGAAAGGGAUAAAUAUAAGACUAAGCGCCAUGAGGAAGAUCUCAGAGAGAUUAUAAAUAGGGAGAAUAGAAAAGAAAUGGAGAAGAGAUUAGAAGAGAGGGAGUAUAGAGAGAGAAAAGAGAGAGAACGACGCAAACUCCAGGAGGCGGAGCGAGAACGGGAACGCGAGCGCGAAAGGAAGAGGGAAAGAGAACGAGAACGAGAGAGGGAGCGAGAAAGGGAACGGGAGAGGGAACGAGAGAGGGAAAAGGAGCGCGACCGACGAUCCGCGGAGUUGAAACGAAGGGAGCGGGAGUUGACGAGAUAUCGUCGAUCACGGGAACGUUCGCCUACAGCACGGCGUGACCGACGGCAAUCGGACCGCGAUCGCCGCUCCCGCGAACGCAGUCGUGACCAACACCGGGAUCGUUCCCGAGAUAGGUCCACAUAUGGUGACAGGGAUAAGCGGAAGAAUUCAUCCAAUGAAGUCGCUCACAUAGUACCGAGUUCGAGUGAUGAAGAGCUAAAUAUUUCUGUCAACACUGAUGAUGAAGAAGAAACGGAAGAACAGAUCAUCGAACGUCGCCGAAAGCAGAGGGAACAGUUGGUUAAGAGGCUCGGCGGCGCCACUACAACUAGCGAUGUCAAUAAUGAAAGUCAACAAAAUAAUACGUCUUCGUCCUCCAAACCUGAGCAGAAGUCGAGUAAAGACUGCCACACGCCUGACGUUGAGGUGUACCGAGACGACUCCCAUGAAAAGCCACCAAAAUCGCCAUCAAAAAGUGACAGUCAGAUGAUCAGAAAUAUAGAGAAAGAGAACGAAGCAAAGACCAGCAUAAAGUUGGAGAAGUCGAACAAAGGCAGUGAGUGGGAUAUGUUCGCAGAUCAAGACAACUUCAGCGUGGACAAUCCAUCGCUCACCGAUAAUUGGGAUGAUGCAGAAGGUUACUACAGGGUGCGUAUUGGUGAAACGUUGGAUAACAGAUACAACGUAUACGGGUACACGGGACAAGGCGUGUUCUCGAACGUGAUACGUGCGCGCGAUCAGGCGCGGAGUAACACUGACGUGGCCGUCAAGAUUAUCCGUAACAACGAAAUAAUGCACAAAACUGGUCUUCGAGAAUUGGAGAUCCUAAAAAGACUGAAUGACGCCGACCCAGAAGACAAAUUCCAUUGUCUCCGCCUGUUCAGGCAUUUCUUCCACAAACGCCAUCUCUGUAUGGUGCUCGAGCCUCUCUCUAUGAAUCUGCGCGAGGUCCUCAAGAAGUACGGAAAGAACAGUGGCAUACAUAUAAAAGCUGUCAGGAGUUAUACACAACAGAUGCUUUUGGCCCUGAAGCUGCUGAAGAAAACUGGUAUUUUACAUGCUGAUAUCAAACCUGAUAAUAUAUUGGUCAACGACAGCAAGCUCAUGCUGAAACUAUGUGACUUUGGUUCAGCUUCUCAUGUUACUGACAAUGAGAUCACGCCAUAUCUAGUGUCCAGGUUUUACAGAGCUCCAGAGAUAAUAAUGGGUGUGCCUUACGAUCACGGGAUAGAUAUGUGGUCCACAGCUUGUACCAUCUACGAGCUGUCCACAGGCAGGAUCAUGUUCAGUGGCAAAUCCAAUAAUGAAAUGCUGAAAUACUUUAUGGACUUGAAGGGAAAGAUACCAAAUAAGGUUAUAAAGAAGGGAAUAUUCAAAGAACAACAUUUUGAUGCCAAUUGCAAUUUUAUGUACCACGAAUUGGAUAAAAUCACUGAAAGGGAAAAGGUAGUAAUCAUGUCAAGUAUUAAGCCUACACGAGAUCUUCAAAUGGAGCUUGCACCGCCUCAUCAUCGCUUGCCUCCUCCUGAGGCCAAGAAAAUUGGUCAACUGAAGGACCUUUUGGAACGAAUGCUGAUGUUGGAUCCGGCCAAAAGAGCCUCAGUGAACCAUUGCUUGGCACAUCCGUUCAUACAAGAGAAAAUCUAAACAUGUAAAUGUAACUAAAUCAAUAUGAGACGGGAACCUUUGUAUGUACAGUCACUUACAAAAGUAGUAUUUAUUUUUUCAAAAAGAAUAGUUUUGUAUAUAAAUAGAUUUAUGUAAAUUCUUUUAUGAUUAGCUGCAUGAUAGUAUGUACAGUUACAGACAAACGCACUAUCGAAAUUUAGCAGUUUGCAGGGAUAUGUUUAUGAUAUAUUAAUGUUUCUCCAAAAUGAUAAUGAAAGGAUAGUUUUAGUUAUUUGAAAAACAUUUAAAGUUUUAUGGUUCACCAUCACGUUAUUUGAUUGUCUGUACACGAGGGAAGUAUCUUAAUUUGAUGUAGUUUUUGUGAAUGAGGAUUUUAAUAUUGCAUCUGUAUGUAGGGCGCCAGGAUACCACCAUACAUAUACUUUUUAUAUGAAGGUCCUAUUGUACGUUAAAUGAACGUAAGCGGAUUAAUGAAAGAAAAAAACAAUGCAUUUAGAAAAUAAAUUUUGUUUUGAUAAUUUUAGAUUUUUUCAAAAUUUAAAAUUAUCAAAUGCCCUAUUUUUUUAUGAAAUAUAUUAGAUGUUAUUUGUUAGUCGGAAAUCGGUCCAAUACACCUAUUAUGAGUCAGCUUUGCGAUUUUUUUUAUCGAACCCAUUAUUGUUAUUAUGUACUUUUUGUAUAACAGUUUUGUAUAACCUGACAAACUGUGUCAAAUGUGUGGUGGGUAUUCAGAAACUUAUACCAAUAUGUAUUGAUUUACAUCAGAAAUUGCAAUCAGUAAAUAAAUAUGCAUAUUAGACGUAAAAUUCGUAAUUAGGAAACAUGCUUUAAUAUUUGCAUUGUUAACAAAAACAUCACCCUCUUUCUGUUGCAGCGAGUAAAAAGUGAAAUGAUCUAUAGAACACUAACGCCGUCUGCCGACAAUCAUAAAAAAAUAGUUCUCUUAAAAGCGAAUUUCUUAUUCAAGAAACUGUUACUAAAGUCGGGCGGUUUCACUUUAAGUCUGAAGUCAUUGUGUUUUUUGACAAAAAACACAUGAUUUUUCAAUGAUAUUGAAUUUCUUUGUUAAAAAAAAUUGAAAUUCCUUCAUACGGAGGUUGAAUGAAUGCAAAAUAAUCUAUCUUUUGUUUUGUCGCUGAUGUAAACACGUGGUCUAAAUAUUUCGGUGGUGUAAAGCAUAUUUUGUUUUGUCAUCAUAUAAACAAAACUCUAAUUCGAUUGCGAUGAAAUCCAUAAGCUGUCUUAUAUAUAAAUAUACGUAGUUAUCCGCGAACAAACAAAAAAAAAAAACAUAUAUACUGUUGAAUUGGGAAAGCUUCUCCUUUUUUGAAGUCUGCCAAGAAUAAAACUGUGAAGUUUAAUUAUAUCUGGAUUUUUUCUAGCAUACUGAUCAAACCAUGAUUGAUAUGUUACAUUGAACUUUAUAGUAAGUAUAUAUUUUUCCCAUUACUUGUGACCAUAGUGAUAUAUACAGAGGUUCCCACCUAGAAGUUUUUUACUUGUUGCAUGUUGUACAUACUAAUAUGUUUUUUAUAUAAUUAUUUUGGUACAAGAAUUUGAUUUAGGCAAUACUUUUUUGCUAGUAGUAAAAUGUUGUUUGUCUCUUAGUGUCAAGUUGUACGAUCAUUAUUUUGAAUUGUGAUUUUUCUUUACAAAAUUGUUGAUCUAUUUAAAAAAAAAAAAUGUUUAAAACUAUUUUUGUAGCUAUAGUUGAUAAAGUCAGUGCAAUAUUACACUGACCAAUGAAUGCAAUAAGUUCGAUUGUGGCGUAGCGAUACUAUAAAGCAAUUAUAUCUUAAAAAUAAAUGUUUGUAAAUUAUAGAUAAUUUACAUUUUGAUAAAAUUGAUAAUGAGUUGAAGUUUAUAUUGCCUUAUAACCAAAACAUUCCGUCUGUUAUUAGCUCCGAAAUGCAUGAUAUCAAAGAGCAAUAUUGAACUGUUAUGCUAUUUAAUAAGAACGAAACUCUUUUAAAUUCACCACUGGGUAAUCGUAACGUGUUAUGACACAUCUAUGAUUAGAUGAGAGUGUUUCUCGCUCUUUUGAAAAGAGGAGACAAAAAGAGAAAGAAUGAUAGAAUUUUAUCAUAUGGAUGGAACUAGUUACGAUUAUUUUCUUUUGAAUACACUUUUUAUUUAUGGUUGAAGAUUAGCCAUGUUUAGUAAUUUGUUUAUUAAUGAUUAAAUAUAAUGAUUGCAAUAUGGCUUGUAAAUUCCUAUUUUGUAAUGAAGUAAUCCCAAAAUGGGAAUAUAUAGAUUGUAACAAUGAAAAUCUAAUAAAUCGUCAUUAUUUCCCUGCUCGGUAGUGCGACCGCCCAACUCUAGCCACACCAUACGAUAUCAUAGCGAUGUUAUGACAUUUGUUCAUUUUACUACUUUCACAUAUCUUUUGGUAGAUAAAUUUCGAUUAAAUUACUUAAAUUGGCCACCCUGCUAUAAUCCAUAAUCAUCAUACUUUGUCAUUCGGUCGUUCAUAAUAAAGAUCAUGACAAAAUAGUAAUUAAAAACAAAAUAUCGCCAUAACAUUGCUAAGAUAUCGUUUCCUAUGACUAGAGUGUAAGGUCCCAAUUUAUUUAGAGGUGACUCAGUGUGUUCUCCCUUUUUAUUCUACACUAUCUUCUUCGUUCUGCGAUCUUCUGUUUGCCUCCCAUCUAUAGACUUCUUAUAUUUUGUCCUUUACUCUCUUUAAUAAAUAGCAAAUUGUGGAUCAUCAAUUACGUCAUUGUUGAUUAGCGUUACGUAAUCGGCAAACCAAACUAAAAAGUACAAUCGAUAUCGAGUGAUUUCAGAAAAACCUCUUGUGGUGUCAUUGUGUACCUAAUAAUCAUCAUAAUUAAUGUAUGUUUUUCUCAUCUAUGCGCAGUAUAUAAGAAAAAAAAUGUUUAUUAAUUAUUUCACUGUAACAUAAAUUUACAUUGUCUUUGUGGAAGUGUUUUUUUUUUCAUUACUAACUCUCCUUUUCAAUUUUUGUAUGUAGGCCGUGUUAUCCGUCGUCUUAAUAAUUGCGCGACGGAUCAUCCGACAAAUGUUAUAUUGUUCGAAUUAUUGUGAGAGGUCGAAUGUUAUAUUGUUGAUCGUAGGUCAUACCGAUUAUUUUUCAGUUCUGACAUUCUAAUACUAUCCAUAAAUGUUUAAAAUGAAUUACAGAUAUAGGACUUUUGUAUUAAUCUGGUGUGCUUUGGUGUGUGUUUAUAUAACAUUGGAUUAGAUAAUAGUUUAAAUGGACGAAAACAAGGAAAAUAACAUCAAUGAUUAUAUGUAAUUAUUUUAAAGGUGAUUAUUCCAAUAUACUCAUCGUAUGAGGCACAAAAGUAUGUCUUUCAUGAAAUAUGUAUAUUUUAUGAGACAAACAUGAUAUUUUACUAUGAAAACAUUAUUGGCGAUAAAUUGUAGUUCUCACAUAUGUUUUAUGUGUUGAUCACACCAUAAUUAUUUUAUGGUAUGUGGACGAUGGAACUAAAGAAUGUAUAUACUUGCAUUAAUAAAAUUCAGAACGAAAUCCUUUUGGCUUUAUUUUUCUUCACACCCCAAUACCUAUACUCAGUGGGUAACUGUUUAUACAGAAGUUAUUUCAUGUCAAAUAGUUUAAAGCGACAUUACCCAUACAAAUUUGACAAUCAUUAGAAUUUAAUAGCGUCAUUAUACCCUCAUUAAUUUUCAGUGCAACUGACCAUUAGAUGUAAAAUCUCGGAUGAUAAAUCAAUAAAUUUUUUUAAAUUUUUUUAAAACCUCAAUUUAAUGGUUUCAAAUCGAUUGAAAUCUCGCUUAUAAAUUUUAAGCAAUACAUAUGUAUCAGAUUUCAUAAGCAUUUUUUGUUAAUCGAGCGUCAUGUUUGGUUUUAUUAAUUAUGUAAUGGUAAUGAGGAAG